AACGCUGCUGCUGCGAAAUGGCGAUAAACUUUUGAAGACGGUGGCACAACAAUGGGUGCGUAAUUAACAAAAGUGAAGCGAAGUAGUGAAUAAAGUAAAGAAAAUAGACAAAGAGAUGACAAAAAUUGCUUGAAAAGUGUUUCGGGCGCGAAACAAUUGAGCUCUGCCGCUGACUUGCCCAUUCGCCGCCUCCAAUACCGGGGAUAGGUCGUGUUUCUCGCCUGACACCUGCCUACACCCACAUAAGACUACAUACACGUAUAUGUCAAGCCACACACCUAUUCCUCACGCUGUCCGUCUCUUCCGUAGCCCUGCAGUCGUGCGUCUCUGUGUGCGUGCGGAAAAAGCUUAGUGGGGCGAACGCAACGCGCAGAAAUGUUGUGAUAAAAAGUGAGUGUAGAAAACGGUUUGUGUGUUAAGAAGGUUGAAGUGAAACAAAGCGCAAAUUAAGAAAAUAGCAAAUUAUACAAAAGCAACAAUCGUGAAAUGGCCGCCAUGCCCGCAGCAACGGAAACUCAAGCAACACCAAAAACAACAAUAUUUACAUGCGACGUCGAGUUAGUCAACAACAACAAUAGCGACGUCAGCGCCUUGCACCCGCACCCACACCCACAACUGCAACAACUGCCACGAACGGAGUGCGAUUCGGACCAAAUUGUUAACACCGGCAACAGUAGCAUCAACAACAGGGAAAGCGCUCAGAGCAGUCCUGGAAAACUGAAUGGCAGUGUGGACAGCGGCAUUGCUGAGGAGGACACACACGCCAUAAAACUACGCCACCAACUGCAGCAAUGCCAGCGCAUACUUGAGGUGCUCAACCGAGAUCAAGAGGCAUACCAACUGCUGCGCGAUAGAUUAGGCAAAAUAGUUGAUAAGAAGACGAAGAAAGAGCAGGCCGUGGAGGAACAUAACUGUAAUGUCUGCUGUGCAGAAUUGGACAUUAGCAAUGCCAAAAAUUACGUCACAUGUUCCACAUGCGGGAAGUUCGUAUGUCGCGGACUUAAGUGCGCCGAUUGGCUACCAAAGAACGCCAAAUGGGAGUGUGAGCUCUGUCACAGCUCCAAGGAGUCCAUGGCACAGACCUCAUCAUGGGUUGCCGAACAAAUGUCCUUCAACGAACACAAAUUUGUCUAUCCAAUGCGGGCGCGUAGUGAAAUUUAUAUACCCAUCAGUGACUGCAACGAUAGCACAAUGCACUUCGAAAGUGUUAGUCAAAUCGGCGCUAACAGCGUGGCCAUAAUGAACUUAGAUGAUCGCACCAAGAUACGAGAAUAUGUUGAAGAAAUUAUAGCUGAAAUGCUAGGCGGCAGCCUAGAACACAUUAAAGUGGGCCAAUUGUCAAAAAGUGAAAAUUACUUGCAACUCUUUGAUAAAUACCACGCAAAACUGAGUAACCUGCUUAUCAAUGUGGAGAACGCUUUGUGCGCUCGGGCGCUCAAAGGAGAUUUGCCCGCCAUUGUAAAUGGUCAAAAUGCAACAAACAAUAAUAAUCAUAACAACAACAACAACAACAACGAGCAAAUUGGCAAUGCUUCGGACUUUGGAGACGUUUCACAGACCCGACUGCGCAGUCUCAUUGAGACCAUCAUUGCGGAAACGCUGCGCACCAAUGCCUUGACCACAAGUGGGGCCGUCUCAGAGAUCAGUCUAGAUGCUCGUAGCAACAGCCAAUUACCAAAUGGCAAUGGCAAGCGACGUCAUCGCACAGAGCACUAUUUUGAACCGAAAAUCUAUCAGGAUUUAUUGGCAACAGCGGUGCUGAACAAGAUUGUGGAUAAGGAAGGGAAUACUAAGAUAAUAUCAGAGAGUACACCGGACUUGAGUGGUCACAACAUUGAUGAAAAUUACAAUGCUGAAGCUUUGAGCACAACGUCCGGUAGUUCCAUAGAACCACGCAGUGAUUGCAGCUUUACGGACAAUGAACAUGAACUCGUACCCCAUACUGAAUUAACUGAUUCUCACUUGGAACGUGAAUCAGUUUUGAGUGAUUAUAUCGCUUCACAUAUGGUGCCACUACCAGAUUUAUCUGCAUCUGUUACCGAAUCGGAGGAUGACCUUCACUCAAUGUCAUCGAGUAUGAUCGGCGAUGGAACUUGGGAAGAUAAUUGGCUGUUUAAGAAAAAACGUAGCACCUUGCAGAGUUCGGGCACACCGAGCAGCAUUGGUAUGCUCGUUCCAGCACCCAAGGAAAAUGUUCGCGCCCAGAUAGGAGAUAAAACUGCCGAUGAAGUUAGCGAUCUUUCGGAAAUGGGCUCAGACACAGAUGACUUCUCAUUGGAUCUAAUACGUUGUAAUGAGUUGAAUGAUCGCUUAUUAAGCAAACAUUUAAUUGGAGGCCAAAACACCAAACUAGUGCUCGAUGAGAUUGUAGACCGCACUAGCUUGACCUCAAAUACCUUACCGGCAGAAAAUGAACCCGCUUUUACUGAAACGUCCAACCCGCUUUUGUUAGAUAAUAAAGCGUUCGUGACGAAGACAGAAGAUAACACAACGGCAGAACUUACAUUGCCACCGCCACCCCCGGCAUAUUUUCAAGAUGAUAUUGAAAGUGGAGAGACCGUCCCAUGUCCCAUAGCAGCCGAAUGCGACUCUGACGAAUUGAUCGAACUUGAAGAAUGUUUGGGCUACAGUACCAUUGAACUUAUUGAUGGUGAAAGGAUACGUGACGCAACGCCAUCAGUGAUCGAAAUUCUAGCUGCCAUGGCUUUGGGACCAAUGCUUGCCGUCCCAGCAUCUGAACAACCACCGAUUAUGACUCCGUCAGAAAUUCAUACUUUAAAGGAACUCAGCGACUUAGCACUUGCAGAAAUACAAUCCCGAACAAUGGACUUAAAUCGACAAUCACUUGACGUAAUCGAAGAAGAACUCUCAGAAGAAAAUAUUAAUAUUGUUGCUGAUGUCUCGACAAAUGAGGAACACUUAAAACCAAUGGCAGAAACUUUUCCACCACCUGAAUCACAAAAAUCCUCCAAUUCGUCUGAUAUAGUUCCGGAACCGGUAAAUGUACCAGGAGGAGGAAUUCCAAAUCAGGAAGCAGAUCAGACUGAAUAUUUACGAACAGACCAAGAAGGAGCAUCCGCUUCGGAACCUACCUUUUUACUUUUGGAAACACAACAAACUUACGUUAAUAGUCUCCAAGUCAUACCACCGGCUAAUGAUUUUAUUCAAGAAUCACUGAUUUCACCUCCAGCAAAUAAACAAAUCCUCGAAGCUUUUGCGACACAAACUGAAUCCCUCGACAAUCUUCAAAUUGCAGCACCAGAAGCUCCACCAGCUGCUGAAGUGAUUGUGGAACCUCAGCCUGCAGCUCAAGAAACGCCAAUAGAAACAGGGAUCGAUCAGGACUUGCAGAGUGCACCUCCACAACCCCUUGACAAUCCUCCGGCUGCAACAUCAGAAGCUCCACCAGCUGCUGAAGUGAUUGCGGAACCUGAGGCUCAAGAAACGCCAAUAGAAACAAAGAUUGAUCCAGAGUUGCAGAGUGCUCCUGCACAAUCCCUUGACAAUCCUCCGGCUGCAACAUCAGAAGCUCCACCAGCUGCUGAAGUGAUUGCGGAACCUCAGCCGGCAGCUCAAGAAACGCCAAUAGAAACAAAGAUUGAUCCAGAGUUGCAGAGUGCUCCUGCACAAUCCCUUGACAAUCCACCAGCUGCUAAAGUGAUUGCGGAACCUCACCCGGCAGCUCAAGAAACGCCAAUAGAAACAAAGAUUGAUCCAGAGUUGCAGAGUGCUCCUGCACAAUCCCUUGACAAUCCUCCGGCUGCAACAUCAGAAGCUCCACCAGCUGCUGAAGUGAUUGUGGAACCUCAACCUGCAGCUCCUGAACUUCUUGACAAUCCUCAGACCGCAACAUCAAAACCUGCACCAGCAGAUGAUGUGCUUGCACAAUCUCCGCUUGAAUUUUUAGUAACGCCGAAAAGAUUGGAUGUAGUCUUAGAAACUCAAAAUGCACCGACAAAAUUAGAACAAACUCUUGAGGCCGUUGACAAUCCUCAGACUGUAACAACAGAAGCUGCUGAGGUGCUUUCAGAACCCCAGCCUGCAGCUCAAGAAAUACAACCAGAAGCAGAAAUUAUCCCAGAUACACAAAGUGAUACAGGAGAAUUACAAAAUAGUCCUGAUUCCCUUGACAAUCCACAGACUUCAGCACCGGAAGCACCACCAACUGUUGAAGUAAUUACAGCACUUCAACUGGAAGUCGAUCCUGAGUUACAGAGUGCACCUGCACAAUUCCUCCAGUCUCCGGAAACACAGAAGGUUAGGGACACCACAGAGGUACAAAGCGCACCUACAGAAAUACAAAAAGCGCCUGAGUCAACUGACAAUCCUCAGAUUACUGCACCCGAAGCACCACCAGCUACUAAAGUGAUUACAGAACCAAAGCCGGCAGCUCAAGAAACGCCAAUACAAAAAAAGAUUGAUUCAGAGUUGCAGACUGCUCCUGAACAAUCCCUUGACAAUCCACCAGCUGCUGAAGUGAUUGCGGCACCUCAGCCGGCAGCUCAAGAAACGAUAAUAGAAACGAAGAUUGAUCCAGAGUUGCAGAGUGCUCCUGCACAAUCCAUUGACAAUCCUCCGGCUGCAACAUCAGAAGAUCCAUCAGCUGCUGAAGUGAUUGCGGAAUCUCAGCCUGCAGCUCAACCAUUGCCAAUAGAAACAGGGAUCGACCAGGACUUGCAGAGUGCUCCUGCACAAUCCCUUGACAAUCCUCCGGCUGCAACAUCAGAAGCUCCACCAGCUGCUGAAGUGAUUGCGGAACCUCAGCCUGCAGCUCAAGAAACGCCAAUAGAAACAAAGAUUGAUCCAGAGUUGCAGAGUGCUCCUGCACAAUCCCUUGACAAUCCACCAGCUGCUGAAGUGAUUGCGGAAGCUCAGCCGGCAGCACAAGAAACGCCAAUAGAAACAAAGAUUGAUCCAGAGUUGCAGAGUGCUCCUGCACAAUCCCUUGACAAUCCACCAGCUGCUGAAGUGAUUGCGGAAGCUCAGCCGGCAACUCAAGAAACGCCAAUAGAAACAAAGAUUGAUCCAGAGUUGCAGAGUGCUCCUGCACAAUCCCUUGACAAUCCUCCGGCUGCAACAUCAGAAGAUCCAUCAGCUGCUGAAGUGAUUGCGGAAUCUCAGCCUGCAGCUCAACCAUUGCCAAUAGAAACAGGGAUCGACCAGGACUUGCAGAGUGCUCCUGCACAAUCCCUUGACAAUCCUCCGGCUGCAACAUCAGAAGCUCCACCAGCUGCUGAAGUGAUUGCGGAACCUCAGCCUGCAGCUCAAGAAACGCCAAUAGAAACAAAGAUUGAUCCAGAGUUGCAGAGUGCUCCUGCACAAUCCCUUGACAAUCCACCAGCUGCUGAAGUGAUUGCGGAAGCUCAGCCGGCAGCUCAAGAAACGCCAAUAGAAACAAAGAUUGAUCCAGAGUUGCAGAGUGCUCCUGCACAAUCCCUUGACAAUCCACCAGCUGCUGAAGUGAUUGCGGAACCUCAGCCUGCAGCUCAAGAAAGGCCAAUAGAAACAAAGAUUGAUCCAGAGUUGCAGAGUGCUCCUGCACAAUCCCUUGACAAUCCACCAGCUGCUAAAGUGAUUGCGGAAGCUCAGCCGGCAGCUCAAGAAACGCCAAUAGAAACAAAGAUUGAUCCAGAGUUGCAGAGUGCUCCUGCACAAUCCCUUGACAAUCCACCAGCUGCUGAAGUGAUUGCGGAAGCUCAGCCGGCAACUCAAGAAACGCCAAUAGAAACAAAGAUUGAUCCAGAGUUGCAGAGUGCUCCUGCACAAUCCCUUGACAAUCCACCAGCUGCUGAAGUGAUUGCGGAAGCUCAGCCGGCAGCUCAAGAAACGCCAAUAGAAACAAAGAUUGAUCCAGAGUUGCAGAGUGCUCCUGCACAAUCCCUUGACAAUCCACCAGCUGCUGAAGUGAUUGCGGAAGCUCAGCCGGCAACUCAAGAAACGCCAAUAGAAACAAAGAUUGAUCCAGAGUUGCAGAGUGCUCCUGCACAAUCCCUUGACAAUCCACCAGCUGCUGAAGUGAUUGCGGAAGCUCAGCCGGCAGCUCAAGAAACGCCAAUAGAAACAAAGAUUGAUCCAGAGUUGCAGAGUGCUCCUGCACAAUCCCUUGACAAUCCACCAGCUGCUGAAGUGAUUGCGGAAGCUCAGCCGGCAACUCAAGAAACGCCAAUAGAAACAAAGAUUGAUCCAGAGUUGCAGAGUGCUCCUGCACAAUCCCUUGACAAUCCACCAGCUGCUGAAGUGAUUGCGGAAGCUCAGCCGGCAGCUCAAGAAACGCCAAUAGAAACAAAGAUUGAUCCAGAGUUGCAGAGUGCUCCUGCACAAUCCCUUGACAAUCCACCAGCUGCUGAAGUGAUUGCGGAAGCUCAGCCGGCAACUCAAGAAACGCCAAUAGAAACAAAGAUUGAUCCAGAGUUGCAGAGUGCUCCUGCACAAUCCCUUGACAAUCCACCAGCUGCUGAAGUGAUUGCGGAAGCUCAGCCGGCAGCUCAAGAAACGCCAAUAGAAACAAAGAUUGAUCCAGAGUUGCAGAGUGCUCCUGCACAAUCCAUUGACAAUCCUCCGGCUGCAACAUCAGAAGCUCCACCAGCUGCUGAAGUGAUUGCGGAACCUCAGCCUGCAGCUCAAGAAACGCCAAUAGAAACAAAGAUUGAUCCAGAGUUGCAGAGUGCUCCUGCACAAUCCCUUGACAAUCCACCAGCUGCUGAAGUGAUUGCGGAAGCUCAGCCGGCAGCUCAAGAAACGCCAAUAGAAACAAAGAUUGAUCCAGAGUUGCAGAGUGCUCCUGCACAAUCCCUUGACAAUCCACCAGCUGCUGAAAUGAUUGCGGAAGCUCAGCCGGCAGCUCAAGAAACGCCAAUAGAAACAAAGAUUGAUCCAGAGUUGCAGAGUGCUCCUGCACAAUCCCUUGACAAUCCACCAGCUGCUGAAAUGAUUGCGGAAGCUCAGCCGGCAGCUCAAGAAACGCCAAUAGAAACAAAGAUUGAUCCAGAGUUGCAGAGUGCUCCUGCACAAUCCAUUGACAAUCCUCCGGCUGCAACAUCAGAAGCUCCACCAGCUGCUGAAGUGAUUGCGGAACCUCAGCUUGCAGCUCAAGAAACGCCAAUAGAAACAAAGAUUGAUCCAGAGUUGCAGAGUGCUCCUGCACAAUCCCUUGACAAUCCACCAGCUGCUGAAAUGAUUGCGGAAGCUCAGCCGGCAGCUCAAGAAACGCCAAUAGAAACAAAGAUUGAUCCAGAGUUGCAGAGUGCUCCUGCACAAUCCAUUGACAAUCCUCCGGCUGCACCAUCAGAAGCUCCACCAGCUGCUGAAGUGAUUGCGGAACCUCAGCCUGCAGCUCAAGAAACGCCAAUAGAAACAAAGAUUGAUCCAGAGUUGCAGAGUGCUCCUGCACAAUCCCUUGACAAUCCACCAGCUGCUGAAGUGAUUGCGGAAUCUCAGCCUGCAGCUCAACCAUUGCCAAUAGAAACAGGGAUCGACCAGGACUUGCAUAGUGCUCCUGCACAAUCCCUUGACAAUCCUCCGGCUGCAACAUCAGAAGCUCCACCAGCUGCUGAAGUGAUUGCGGAACCUCAGCCUGCAGCUCAAGAAACGCCAAUAGAAACAAAGAUUGAUCCAGAGUUGCAGAGUGCUCCUGCACAAUCCAUUGACAAUCCUCCGGCUGCAACAUCAGAAGCUCCACCAGCUGCUGAAAUGAUUGCGGAAGCUCAGCCUGCAGCUCAAGAAACGCCAAUAGAAACAAAGAUUGAUCCAGAGUUGCAGAGUGCUCCUGCACAAUCCCUUGACAAUCCACCAGCUGCUGAAGUGAUUGCGGAAGCUCAGCCGGCAGCUCAAGAAACGCCAAUAGAAACAAAGAUUGAUCCAGAGUUGCAGAGUGCUCCUGCACAAUCCCUUGACAAUCCUCCGGCUGCAACAUCAGAAGCUCCAUCAGCUGCUGAAGUGAUUGCGGAACCUCAGCCUGCAGCUCAAGAAACGCCAAUAGAAACAAAGAUUGAUCCAGAGUUGCAGAGUGCUCCUGCACAACCCAUUGACAAUCCUCCGGCUGCAACAUCAGAAGCUCCACCAGCUGCUGAAAUGAUUGCGGAAGCUCAGCCUGCAGCUCAAGAAACGCCAAUAGAAACAAAGAUUGAUCCAGAGUUGCAGAGUGCUCCUGCACAAUCCCUUGACAAUCCACCAGCUGCUGAAGUGAUUGCGGAAGCUCAGCCGGCAGCUCAAGAAACGCCAAUAGAAACAAAGAUUGAUCCAGAGUUGCAGAGUGCUCCUGCACAAUCCCUUGACAAUCCACCAGCUGCUGAAAUGAUUGCGGAAGCUCAGCCGGCAGCUCAAGAAACGCCAAUAGAAACAAAGAUUGAUCCAGAGUUGCAGAGUGCUCCUGCACAAUCCCUUGACAAUCCACCAGCUGCUGAAAUGAUUGCGGAAGCUCAGCCGGCAGCUCAAGAAACGCCAAUAGAAACAAAGAUUGAUCCAGAGUUGCAGAGUGCUCCUGCACAAUCCAUUGACAAUCCUCCGGCUGCAACAUCAGAAGCUCCACCAGCUGCUGAAGUGAUUGCGGAACCUCAGCUUGCAGCUCAAGAAACGCCAAUAGAAACAAAGAUUGAUCCAGAGUUGCAGAGUGCUCCUGCACAAUCCCUUGACAAUCCACCAGCUGCUGAAAUGAUUGCGGAAGCUCAGCCGGCAGCUCAAGAAACGCCAAUAGAAACAAAGAUUGAUCCAGAGUUGCAGAGUGCUCCUGCACAAUCCAUUGACAAUCCUCCGGCUGCACCAUCAGAAGCUCCACCAGCUGCUGAAGUGAUUGCGGAACCUCAGCCUGCAGCUCAAGAAACGCCAAUAGAAACAAAGAUUGAUCCAGAGUUGCAGAGUGCUCCUGCACAAUCCCUUGACAAUCCACCAGCUGCUGAAGUGAUUGCGGAAUCUCAGCCUGCAGCUCAACCAUUGCCAAUAGAAACAGGGAUCGACCAGGACUUGCAUAGUGCUCCUGCACAAUCCCUUGACAAUCCUCCGGCUGCAACAUCAGAAGCUCCACCAGCUGCUGAAGUGAUUGCGGAACCUCAGCCUGCAGCUCAAGAAACGCCAAUAGAAACAAAGAUUGAUCCAGAGUUGCAGAGUGCUCCUGCACAAUCCAUUGACAAUCCUCCGGCUGCAACAUCAGAAGCUCCACCAGCUGCUGAAAUGAUUGCGGAAGCUCAGCCUGCAGCUCAAGAAACGCCAAUAGAAACAAAGAUUGAUCCAGAGUUGCAGAGUGCUCCUGCACAAUCCCUUGACAAUCCACCAGCUGCUGAAGUGAUUGCGGAAGCUCAGCCGGCAGCUCAAGAAACGCCAAUAGAAACAAAGAUUGAUCCAGAGUUGCAGAGUGCUCCUGCACAAUCCCUUGACAAUCCUCCGGCUGCAACAUCAGAAGCUCCAUCAGCUGCUGAAGUGAUUGCGGAACCUCAGCCUGCAGCUCAAGAAACGCCAAUAGAAACAAAGAUUGAUCCAGAGUUGCAGAGUGCUCCUGCACAAUCCAUUGACAAUCCUCCGGCUGCAACAUCAGAAGCUCCACCAGCUGCUGAAAUGAUUGCGGAAGCUCAGCCUGCAGCUCAAGAAACGCCAAUAGAAACAAAGAUUGAUCCAGAGUUGCAGAGUGCUCCUGCACAAUCCCUUGACAAUCCACCAGCUGCUGAAGUGAUUGCGGCACCUCAGCCGGCAGCUCAAGAAACGCCAAUAGAAACAAAGAUUGAUCCAGAGUUGCAGAGUGCUCCUGCACAAUCCAUUGACAAUCCUCCGGUUGCAACAUCAGAAGCUCCACCAGCUGCUGAAGUGAUUGGGGAACCUCAGCCGGCAGCUCAACAAACGCCAAUAGAAACAAAGAUUGAUCCAGAGUUGCAGAGUGCACCUGCACAAUCCCUUGACAAUCCUCCGGCUGCAACAUCAGAAGCUCCACCAGCUGCUGAAGUGAUUGCGGAACCUCAGCCGGCAGCUCAACAAACGCCAAUAGAAACAAAGAUUGAUCCAGAGUUGCAGAGUGCUCCUGCACAAUCCCUUGACAAUCCUCCGGCUGCAACAUCAGAAGCUCCACCAGCUGCUGAAGUGAUUGCGGAACCUCAGCUUGCAGCUCAAGAAACGCCAAUAGAAACAAAGAUUGAUCCAGAGUUGCAAAGUGCUCCUGCACAAUCCAUUGACAAUCCUCCGGCUGCAACAUCAGAAGCUCCACCAGCUGCUGAAGUGAUUGUGGAACCUCAGCCGGCAGCUCAAGAAACGCCAAUAGAAACAGGGAUCGAUCAAGACCUGCAAAGUGCACCUCCACAAUACAUUGAUAAUCCUCCGGCUGCAACAUCAGAAGCUCCACCAGCUGAUGAAGUGAUUGCGGAACCUCAGCCGGCAGCUCAACAAACGCCAAUAGAAACAAAGAUUGAUCCAGAGUUGCAGAGUGCUCCUGCACAAUCCCUUGACAAUCCUCCGGCUGCAACAUCAGAAGCUCCACCAGCUGCUGAAGUGAUUGCGGAACCUCAGCCGGCAGCUCAAGAAACGCCAAUAGAAACAAAGAUUGAUCCAGAGUUGCAGAGUGCUCCUGCACAAUCCCUUGACAAUCCUCCGGCUGCAACAUCAGAAGCUCCACCAGCUGCUGAAGUGAUUGCGGAAGCUCAGCCGGCAGCUCAAGAAACGCCAAUAGAAACAAAGAUUGAUCCAGAGUUGCAGAGUGCUCCUGCACAAUCCAUUGACAAUCCUCCGGCUGCAACAUCAGAAGCUCCACCAGCUGCUGAAGUGAUUGCGGAACCUCAGCCGGCAGCUCAAGAAACACCAAUAGAAACAAAGAUUGAUCCAGAGUUGCAGAGUGCUCCUGCACAAUCCAUUGACAAUCCUCCGGCUGCAACAUCAGAAGCUCCACCAGCUGCAACAUCAGAAGCUCCACCAGCUGCUGAAGUGAUUGUGGAACCUCAGCCGGCAGCUCAAGAAACGCCAAUAGAAACAAAGAUUGAUCCAGAGUUGCAGAGUGCUCCUGCACAAUCCAUUGACAAUCCUCCGGCUGCAACAUCAGAAGCUCCACCAGCUGCUGAAGUGAUUGUGGAACCUCAACCUGCAGCUCAUGAAAUGCCAAUAGAAACAAAGAUUGAUCCAGAGUUGCAGAGUGCUCCUGCACAAUCCCUUGACAAUCCUCCGGCUGCAACAUCAGAAGCUCCACCAGCUGCUGAAGCGAUUGCGAAACCUCAGCCGGCAGCUCAAGAAACGCCAAUAGAAACAAAGAUUGAUCCAGAGUUGCAGAGUGGUCCUGCACAAUCCAUUGACAAUCCUCCGGCUGCAACAUCAGAAGAUCCACCAGCUGCUGAAGUGAUUGCGGAAUCUCAGCCUGCAGCUCAAGAAACGCCAAUAGAAACAGGGAUCGAUCAGGACUUGCAGAGUGCACCUCCACAGUCCCUUGACAAUCCACCAGCUGCUGAAGUGAUUGCGGAACCUCAGCCUACAGCUCAAGAAACGCCAAUAGAAACAGGGAUCGAUCAAGGCUUGCAAAGUGCACCUCCGCAAUCCAUUAAUAAUCCUCCGGCUGCAACAUCAGAAAAUCCACCAGCUGCUGAAGUGAUUGUGGAACCUCAGCCGGCAGCUCAAGAAACGCCAAUAGAAACAAAGAUUGAUCCAGAGUUGCAGAGUGCUCCUGCACAAUCCCUUGACAAUCCACCAGCUGCUGAUGUGAUUGUGGAACCUCAUCCUGAAGCUCAAGAUUCGCAGCCAGAGACAUUGAUCAUUCUAGAUACGCAAAAAGAAUCUCAACAAGCUCCUGCAGUCCUUAAUAAUCCGGGAAGUACAUCACCAGAAGCCGCACCAGCUACUGCUUCUAUUCUAGAACGUCUACCUGCAGCUCCAUAUACAAAGCAAGAAGCAGAUAUGGUUCUGGAGAUACAGAGCUUUCCUGAGGAUUCCCUACAAGCUCAGGCUCAUAGAAUUCCUCUUGCAGCAUUGGACGAACCCCAGAUUGUUGAAAUAAAUCCAGAACGUGAAACAGCUGCAGUUAGUUUAGAGCCUGACAAAGAGGCAGAAAUUAUUCCUCAGCAAGAAGCUGACAUAUUCCCAAAGCAUCAAACAACAUUGUCCGAAUCAGAAAAGUCGGCAGAAUGUAUUAAUAACCACAUUAUACCAGCACUUAAUCCAGAGACUGAAUCAACGCUUGCUUUGGAUUCCCAGCUUAAGCUGUCAGAAACUGUAAGAGAAUCAACAGAUGCCCAAAAGCCUCACAGUACAUACGCAGAAAAGCAACAAACUGAAGAAUUCGAGGCAGGAGCUAUGACUAAAGAUUUGAACAAAACUGUUGAAAAUAAUUCAGAACUUUAUGUUUCAUCGGUAAAAGUACAAGAAAUGGUUGAAAUUGGUACAGAAAAUUUGGUUUUAUCAGAAGAAAAUGUAAAACCCACAGAGACAAUUCUUGCAUCAACUGAAAACACAUCAGCUGAUAAUAUUUCUACAACUGAAGAUCAGAGCGAUAUUUCAGCUCUAGGUUCGAUUGCGGAACGCGAGGUCAAAAAGUGGUACAACGCUGUAGAAAUGCCAAACAAUCCAUAUGCGCCAGAGGCACUUAAGCAGCGCAUAAAUGGAAGCCAGGAACGAUGCAUGGAUGUACCCAAUAUUAGUCCUAGUGCCGAAAAGACGGCCAUUGAGUUGCUGACAAAUGCUGAUCCUGAAAACAUUGCCACACAUUGUGCCGAAACGGAUUAUAAACGUUACAGCAGAGAUUACUACAUCAACAAUGCCAACUGUUCGACAUCGGCAUCCACACCCAGGAAGGGUCAAGCCCAAGCCCAAGCAUUGGAUGAACCGCCCGAUGACGACAUUGUCAUCAAUGAGGCUCUAAAUGCAAACAAAACCACAACGGUUCAGGAUACAAUUCUUGAUACAAGUACCACAGUUUUCAAAGCUGUGCCUGCCCAGACUACAACCAGCGAUGAUUCCGAUACGGUGCGCGUCUAUGACUUCAAUAAGCAGGAGACAACUGUAAUUAAAUCAGGAGAACAAAAGCCCAGUGAAUUGAGCGAGGCCCCAAGCGGCUCCGCAACUUCUUCAAUGGAGUCUGCACACGGCGCGUCUUCAUCUGUAGACACACCAAAAAAACGGGAACGACCAAUUGUACUGCAGUUUGGGCCCGCCGAUUCGUCGCCGACAUUAGGCUCGCCAAUAACUACGCCAACUCGUGGCUCUACACCUCCAGCCUUUAGAUUUCUACAGCCCAAACGCCGUCUCAUUGAGCCUAGUCAAGUCUUGUCAAUAGAUGAAGACGAUGUGCCGGAGCCAUGUACGCCCGCUGAAAAGCCAGCAAUCGAAAAAGAUGUAGCUCAUGCUAUGCCUUCGGUCAAAGCCUUGGCUCAGGCGUUUCUCCUAACCAGCAAACACACGCAGCCGGAAAGGCGAUGGCGAGCAAAGGCCAAACAGGUAAUGCUCACUCCAUCGCCAGAUACACCGACCAAGCCAGGUUCCGAACCACGAAGGAAACCUGUCUUGGAGCAUGCCAUUUCGAUGGCCGAAGUUGCCGACGAGUCCACAAUUGCGUCUGAUUUAUCAUCAUUGGAGACAGACCAAUCAAUGCAAUCCGAGGGUCAAGCGAAUCCAUUACCUAUUGCCUCGCCAGCGAGUCCAGUGCCCGUCCGUAGAGGCUUCCUUAGGAGCAAUAUUGCUUUCUUUGAGAACUUAAAGUUUAAGUGAAUAUGCUUCUGAGGCUCAGUGGGGUUACAACCAUUGGUGGAUAUUCCUUUAUUGCAACAUGCACAAUAAUGGAUCCCACACAACAAAGCGAACAUUGAUCAUGGAAAUUAUUUCAUAUUUAACCAUCAUUUAUGUGCCAUGGCUUACAUUAAAAUAUACUUUACUAUUCAAUUGGCCAACAUCA